AAUCCGCCAACGCUGAAAUGUAAGAUGGGCGCCAAAACCUCUUAAACUGGACUUUUUCUUUGAAUCCGUCUGCUAUUCACACGUGAUCGUAAUUUGCUGAUGCGGGUGAUAUGGUUGUUGUUAGCUUUAGUUUUGCGUUAGUUUCGUGGUGUGUGUCGUGGUACUUCAAGGUGCCCCGUUUCGUUAGUACUUUGUUUGCAUAGUUUCGUUAGUACUUUGUUUGCCAAGUUUACAUAAUGACAUCUUUAGCAGUAAAAGUAGAACAAAGUCAAAAGACUACAACUAUGGAAAUUCAAGAAGAAAGCUCAACAAGUGCUCACUUCAGUGCAGUUUCGGAUCACCGGAAAAUGAUGGCCUUGCCUGCUUUAAAAAUUUUAGCUGACCUAGAUCAUUCAGAAAAAAGCUUUGUCGUGUUGAUGUCUGUCAUGGACAGAUGCUGCCGUGAACCAAAUAAUCAAGGUGUUUUUCUUGGAUGUGGAAAUAAUGAAAACGAUCACAGUUUAGCUUUUGCUUACACUAAAUGGUUCCUUGGCAGAUUCGCCAUUAUAUUUACUCGGAAUUCAUACAUGAAAGCUUUUAAUCCAUUUAUUGAGCUGAAUGUUAAAAUUUUGAAUCUAUUCAGAGAUAAAGAACCUGCCCAAUUUACUGCUAUUGUUAAUGAAUAUGCCAACUUGUUGAAGGAAUUGGUAGGAAUUGUAUCAAAACAAUCCAAUGAAGAAGUCUGCAAUAGAAGCUUCAAGCUACACUCCUUCGUUCUCAAGGAACCAGUAACACUUGCAGCAGAUUGCCUUUUAAAGAUGGAUGGCUUGCAACUAAAUUCAUUAUUAGAAUGCUCCCUUCUGCAAAAUAGCAUUACCAAGAUUUUUGCUUUGUCAGCUGAUGGCAUUUUGCAAUAUAACCAUCAAUUGUGUGACAAACUUGUUUGUAUUUUAUUGGAUCAACUAAAUUAUGGAGGAGUUAGUUCAUUUAAAGCUACACUGGACUGCCUUGGGAAAAUCAUGAUUCAUAAUUAUCCAGCCAGAGUUCUUGAGGUUUUUCUAAGCUACGCAUACCGCCUAGUAAACCUAUUAAUGGAUAAAAGCAAUCCACUGUGGCUUGGAAUUAGUGAAGAUAGCUACACAGAAAUAGAAAUCGCGCUAACUGACUGUCUCAGUCGCCUAUCUAGUCUUUACGGCUUGAACAAUGUAACUAAUCACCAAUACCUGAGGCUGAUCAGUUUUAUUUUACUUCAUCAAAAAUUCCACCAACCUUCUUUACUUCCCAAUCUUUUACAAAGUAUGCUGGGCGCACUUCAGAAAUUUACAUGCCCGGAAACAAUUUCUCUUUGUAGAUUCACACCUGAUUUAUGGAUCAAGCUGCUAAAGCAUGCUAAAGUUGCCAUUCCACCCUUACUUAUCAUCUUGCAGAGUGAGAUGACGCCUGGAGACUGUCCCAUGGAAGUUGAUGAGCCACCAUCUGCUAAGAGACUAAAAAUUGAUUUUCUUCCGCCAUCGACUUCUUCUACUUUAUGGGAACAAAUUAAAAAUAGCUGGAAAGAAAUAUUGAAUCAACAAACGGCAAGUCAAUCAAUUGAGAUGACCGACGCUAUUGCUUUGGUUAGGAUCGCAAUCGUUGGAGUCAAACUGAAACUGAAAUGGCGCGAAAUGAACUCGGUCUUGGAUGAAGCCGACUUCGAAAACUUAAACGGAAAAAUUUGUGAAAUUCUUUUAACCAAUGAAAUCAACAGUGAAGAUAUGGACGCUUGGAUGGAUAUAAUUUGCGAGUAUUUGGUCUGCUGUAUCCCACUUACUUACGUCGGAAUCGAUAAGAACGUCGCUAUAGCGUGGUUUGCCCUAUCGUCUCUUCCUUGGCUCUCGGCAGUCUCUGAAUCAUGUGACCUGGAAGCCAAAUGGAUACAGGCCAGUCGAAAAUUCAAGUCUUCUUUUCUAAAGCGCCAGAGCAGUUUCGCCAGCUGCUUUGUGAAAUUCCCCGUCGCCUUUUUUAAACCUUGGGCCGUUGACAUUGGCUUGAAGAUUUUGGACAUCGAGUUUCUUCAAGCUGACGCUGAGGCACUCAUCCCUUCUCUUCCAUGGAUCGUCCGCCACAGCAAGUCGUUCCGCGAAUCAAUAACACAAUGCUUAACCACCAUUUUGGCUUCUGGUUCUAGAGAAGAGAUAAGGGAGUUAACAAAAAAUGGAGCAGACCUUGUCUGUGCUCUAUCAGGCAAGAUGAAUGUUGUUAAUAAUCCAGAAGAUGGACUGAGUUUACGGUGCACUCACAAUCUCGAAAAUCUUGCUACAUCAUUAAAAGUAAGCAUCGUUCCUGAAGAUAUGGCGCUCUUCUUCCUCGAGUUUGUCUUUGAUGAAAAUGAUAUUUCGCUACUCCACCGCGUGGAUCUUUUUCGAUCGGUUCUUUAUCAUUCUGCUCGAACCGAAGCCCUUCGUUUAUCAAUCACCAAGAAACUGCACAAAGUGGCGCAAAUUUCGGUUGAAAAAAAUUUACCAUCUCUUCAACGAGCCAUCUUAACGUGCGCAACCAUUUUGGUACAGUUUUGGAAGGAAACUGUCAUGGCAGACUGCUUUCACAUCCUCUUCAAGAUAUUGUUGCUGUCUGCCUAUACAUCCCCUGUAACGUGCUGGACUUCAUCGACGGUUAAGGAUAUUGCUUCGAAACUCAGUACUACUCCCGAAAUGCUCUUUCAGCGUCACGCCACCAUCGUUUGUGAUGCGUUGCUGAGCAAUCCUGAUUUGGAAUGGCGGAAUAACUUCCUCUCUUUGGCUCCAGAAAUUUUCAUGAGCUCAUCGCAAACUAUCUCGAAUGUCCAUCAAUGGCUCCUUCUUUUGGUACCCACCUUGAUCCCACGGCUGGUUAUAGAACGUACAAAGGCCCUCAGUCCGUUCUUUGAUGAGAUUUGCAGUCAAAUGAACAAAACUCAAACGGAAUUGAUUGUUAAAUAUUUUUCUGAUAUUUACGUCUAUAUUUUGCUCAAUUGCGAUCCCGACGAGCAGAGUACUUUUACGUCCUAUCUCGAGCGAACAACCAGACAGAAAGUGACACAACUGCGAGCACCAAAUUUCCAAUCAGUUCAUAACGAUUUGCUCAUCCAGUUGCAUUCCCAGCGCGAACGUGUUUUGAAAGCCCUCAGAAUCUUUGCUGACGAAGAUAAAUCAACAGGCUCAGCUACGUCGAGUUCCGCCGUCAAGAUCCGUGGCCAAGUCAAAAGUGUGGAAAGUAUAGGUGACUAUCUGCGGCCUCGCUUUUUGGGGAUUCUAGUUCAUUUCGACAGCGUCCUUCUCUCCAAGAUCAUCUCAGACAAGAUCAAGAUAGAAGCCUUGUCCUCUCUCUCCGAUUUACUCCAUGUAAUGGGAGCCGAAAAUAUAAUUGCUGUCCGUCUAAAAGUGUUGGCUACGUUGAGAACAGCUUUACAAUUGACCGACGAACCGUUUCCUCAGUUGAACGCUUCGGCGUGGGACGCUUUUGUGAGGAUACUUGGCGUUCAAGAGUUGGGACCAUUAGUGAGUCAAAUCGCAGUCAGUGUCCUUCCUCUCCAUUCAUCAUGUGCGGAACAGAUCCGUGCAAUCCUCUACUACAUCGUCGUAGAAAAUGCAGAAACUCUGAAAGAACACCUCAAAGAUCUUCAUUUUCUUCCUGAACUUCCGGGCCUCGAAGAUAUUGUCUAUUCAUUGAAAAAGACUUGCAUCACUAACAGCAGUAUUCCAGAACAGCUGUCUUUACUGAUGCGCAACAUAUCACAUGAAGAUUUUGACGUCCGGAUGCAGUCACUGACGCAUUUGAAGUCGAUUGUUCAGAAGAAUUUUGACAAAAUCCAACAGCUCAUUAUGGGCACUAACGACACUUCAGAGGCCGUCUUGACGCGUCUCAUUUCCGCACUUUUGAAAGGCUGCUCAGUUCGAGAAGAUGAAUUGCUGUUGCUGUAUGGCAAAUGUUUCGGUUACUUGGGAGCUGUUGAUCCGGGGCGAUUAACUUUCAGUGACCAACAUCAUGGCGAUUCUACCAGUUACACCGUGACCCUCAUCGACGAUGAUUUCACCUUUCAUCUUCUUUUUUUACUGGCUCGUUCAUUCUUAGCGCCACGUAACUCACAGACGCUAUCCAUUCUCUCCUUCACUAUUCAGCAAAUCUUGAAGAUCUACAAUUCUGAGGAUGAUUCGUCGAAACUUUUUGAAACCCCACUGUGGAAUCGACUCCCUGAACAACUCCGAGUGGCAUUUUCUCCUUUGACAAAUUCGCGUUAUGCUUUGAAACCUUCGUCGGAAUCCGUCCCAGCUCCGUUCCCUGUUUAUCGAUCUGCGAUUGGGAAAAGCUACGGAAAUUGGCUGUACAAUUGGACAGUCGAGUUGGUUAGAAAAGUAACCCACACUCUUGCACAGCAAAUUUUCAGUGCCUGCUUGCCGACUCUACGCCGGGACAUGAACAUCAAUCGUUAUCUUUUGCCGUACGUCGUCAUUACUGCACUAUGGAGCAGUCCGGGAGAGGAAAGCGCCCGUAUUCACGAAGAAAUUAUGGCUGUGUUGACAGAUCGUGGAUUACAAAGAAGCCCUCGGAGAAUGAUGAAACGGUAUUCGUCUAGUGCCAGCGCAACGGAUUUAUCUAGUCAAGGAUCAGGUCCUAAAGAUUUCGCCGAUGCCAAUCUCCAUCAAUCCAGCAUGCAAAGCAUCUUUUAUUUGCUGGAUCAUUUAAAGAAAUGGUUGAAACAGAAGCUGAAUAGUUAUCGUUCUUCCAAAAAGGAUCGUUCUCUUACACUUGAUAAAGAAUACAGAGCAGUUCAGGAACUCGUAGAUAGCAUCCCGAAUGAUUUACUCGCCCGUGCAGCUCAUCAAUGCCAAGCCUACCCUCGUGCCAUUCUUCAUUUGGAGGCGCACUUAAAAGCCAAUCCUAUUCAAUUGCGGGAUCAGUUGGGAUUCCUUCAAAAACUGUACGUUGCCAUGGACGAACCAGACGGAGUUGCAGGAGUUUGUGCUAUCCGAGAUCAAGAACCCAGCCUUGAAGAAAACAUUACCGCUUAUGAAGCAACCGGCCGUUUACAAGAUGCGUUUUCUUGCUAUGAACGUAUCAGUCAGAGAGAAGAUUGCUCUUUAGAAUUUUAUCAGGGAAUGCUGCGAUGCUUAUUAAAUUUGGAUCUCCCCCAAGGAGCAUUGACUAUGGCCAAUGGAUUGUUGCAGAAUUGUCCCGACUGGCGCCGAAAUUUGGAUGAUUACCGUUCAGAGUGUUGCUGGCGUUUGGGGCAGUGGGAUAUGCUGGAAGACGUUGUCAAGCCUUACGAUUUAACAUCGAACAAUACUGCCGCCUCCGUCGGUUGGGGCGUUGGAAUUGGUCAAGCUCUUUUGGCAACAAAGACGAACGAUCUUAAAAAAAUGGAAAAUUGUCUACGAUCAGUGCGGUUGAAGCAGAUGCGAGUGAUUAGUGCCGUCAACCUAGAACGUAACUCGUACCCAAGGGCCUACGAAAACUUUGUUAAUCUCCACAUCUUAUCCGAAAUGGAAUCCGCAGUGUCAUUACUCGAUCCUUCGUUGAUUUCAAAAGAAAACGCAUUUCGAGUACGUUUUAGCGAACUCUUGACUAAUUGGAAUCAGCGACUGGAUGGAGUUCAAGCGUCAGUGCGUUAUACGGAACCUGUUCUGAACGUUCGCCGAGUUGUUUUAAAGCUUAUAGGUCAGCAAGUGGAGGCUAAACAACCUCAAUUGAUGGAAGAAAUCGAAGCCGAAAUCGGGAAAAGUUGGCUGGUGAGUGCUCGUUUGGCUCGAAAGGCCGCUCAUUUCCAACGAGCACACAUCUUGCAACUGGUUGCUAUAACAAGCCCUUGCCCACCCUUGGCCAUCUACAUGGAACAAGCCAAGCUGCAUUGGGCUAAAGGCGAACAGGACCAGGCCAUCACCGUACUGAAACGAGGAAUUGAAAAACGUUUCCCCGACUUGCAGGCAUUGCAGAUGGAAGCUGCUAAACUCCAACCUAAUAAAUUGACCACCGACAUUCUUGAGUGCUUGAAAGCCAAACUUUUACUUGCUCGUUACUAUGAAGAGACUAGCCAUGCAGACAUGAACACCGUUAUCAAGUACUACAAGGAAGUGACGGAAAUAAGCAGAACGUGGGAAGAAGGUUUUUUCCGGUUGGCUGGUUAUUACGAUGUUCUCUACACAAGUUAUGACGGAAACAAAGAACAACAUCUUGAUAUGGCGCGUUACAUUAUCACCAAUUUGGGUCGCUCAAUGAUAUACGGAAGCCAAUUCAUCUAUCAGGCGAUGCCACGAAUGCUUUCCCUUUGGAUGGAAUUAGGAACCAUGGAAGCUGAGAAUCCCAAAGUCUUCAAGAUCGGCAACUCCAAGGCUAAGAUGACCGACGUAACAAAGGCUAUUGACAGUGCACAAGAGAAGAUCCCUGCUUACAAAUUCUUAACGGCAUUUCCCCAGUUGAUUUCACGAAUUUGUCAUCCGCAUCUAGAGGUGGCUGCUCUCCUGAAGCGAAUAAUCGCUAAAACACUUGUAGCUCACACGCAGCAAUGUAUGUGGAUGAUGAUUUCGGUGUUAAAAUCAUCGUACAGUAUCAGGGCCAAGCGUUGCCGAGAGAUCAUUGAUGUAGUGGCUUCUAGCCAAACCAGUUUAAGGAGCUUCUUCGCAGAUGCUACCAAUCUGGCUGAUAGACUCGUCGAAUUGGCCAACAAACCUGUCGAGGACGGCAUCAUGGUUUUGUCUGUGGAAAAAGCAUUCAGAUCUCUUCCUAAACUACUCAGUCAACCACAAUUCAGUAAAAUCAUGGUUCCGUUGCAGUGGAUGAUGACGGUAACAUUGCCCACAACCCCUGGAGAAAACCUGGAACACAAUCCUUUUCCUAGAGAUCCUGUCUACAUUGUUGGUGUGGAAGAUACUGUCGAGGUGAUGCACUCGUUACAAAAGCCGAAGAAAAUAUCCAUCCGUGGAUCCGAUGGGAAAUUAUACGUUUUCCUCUGUAAACCACAGGACGAUUUACGGAAAGAUUUUAGAUUAAUGGAAUUCAACCAACUAAUAAAUCGGUACUUGGUACGAGAUCCCGAUUCACGCAAGCGCAAUUUGCAUAUCCGGACUUACGGAGUAAUUCCUUUAAAUGAAGAUUGUGGUCUCAUUGAAUGGAUUCCAAAUCUGAUUGGUUUAAGAUUUGCUAUCAACCGGAUUUACAAGGAAAGGGGUUGUCUGAUGAGCAAUACUGAGUUAAGAAAGAGAACACCUCAUGUUCGAGAUACAAUUGUUCGGAAGAGAGAACUGUUUGAGAAAGAAAUCCUGCCACGGUAUCCUCCCGUGUUUAGCGAAUGGUUCCUGAGUACGUUUCCAGAUCCACAAGAUUGGUUUUCUGCCAGGCUGAGUUAUGUUCGAACUACGGCAGUCAUGUCCAUGGUGGGAUUUAUCGUUGGUUUAGGUGACCGACACGGUGAAAACAUUCUUUUUGAUGCAGUUUGUGGCGAUGCAGUCCACGUGGAUUUUAGUUGCUUAUUUAACAAAGGUCUUUCAUUUGAAUGGCCCGAGCAAGUUCCUUUCCGUCUUACUCAUAAUAUGAUAGAAGCCAUGGGAGCUACUGGAAUUGAAGGGUCAUUCAGGAAGUGCUGCGAAGUGACGCUACGUGUACUAAGACAAGAGAUUGACACUCUCCUUAGUGUGCUGAAGCCGUUUGUUCAUGAUCCACUUGUAGAAUGGUCAAAGAAAACAGUGAACAAAGGUCGUUCUGAUCUUCCUGAGAUAAAAAACGAACAGGCCAUGGAACACGUCGAGAACAUUAAAAUGAGAUUACAAGGUUAUUUACUACAACCAAAUUCCAAGAAUAAAUUGAAAUACCGUUUCUCUGUUGAAGGACAAGUAAAUCAGCUGAUUGCGGAAGCUACCAGUGUGGACAAUUUAUGCCAAAUGUAUAUCGGAUGGGCAGCCUACAUGUGAUAUGGAUUUUAUAUAUUCGAGAGCCAAUUAUUACUUGCCGUCUAUCUCAAUUUGCGAAGUAGUUCAAAUACGUUCUUAUCUUUCAUUUUCGAAUUUUUUCUUCCUCCUAAAGAAUAAAGAAAUUAAUUGUA